CAUUCUUCUCAUGACGCACCAUGGUAGAGAAACCAUGGAGGAAGGAAACCAUGGAGAAAGGAAACCACCAUGGACUGAUGGAUAAUGGAGUAGUAUCACAAGCUGAUUCCAAUUUACUCAUUUUCAUCAGUGACUGAACGAAUAUCUUUAUGUUGUGAUUAUAUUGAAAAAAAAGCAUAACCAUGUCGGAACCAGAUAAAAAAUCUAAUGAACCAUAUCGUCAAUUAGAAGAAUCACAUGGGGCGGAGUUAAAUGUUGGCGCACAAAGUACAUCGAGUUGUCCUACGAGCUUGGAGAAUACUAUUGAAGGAUCGAUGGAACUUUCUUCUGUUGUGGUUAUACCUGAUGAUACCUUUACUGUGGUACAAGCUAUCAAUACAUUAGGCUUUGGAAAAUUCCAAGUAAAAUUGUCUCUAUUCACGGGUCUUUGUUGGAUGGUAGAUAGUAUGGAGAUCACGAUAUUGAGUAUUCUAAGUCCAUCCUUACAUUGUGAUUGGGGUAUUUCUAGAUACCAGCAAGCACUGACCACAACGGUAGUAUUUCUUGGUAUGAUGUUAAGUUCCACUUUUUGGAAUAAUUUAAGCGACAGAUACGGUCGUAAGCAAGCUUUAACUUUGUGUGCAGUAUUAUUGGCCUAUUAUGCAUUUCUAAGUUCAUUCGCACCAAAUUUUCUCUGGAUUCUAUUGCUUAGAGGAGUUGUAGGAUUUGCUAUUGGUUGUGUACCACAAUCGGUCACAUUGUAUGCAGAGUUUUUGCCAGCAAAACAACGGGCAAGAUGUGUUAUUUUAUUGGAUUGUUUUUGGGCUCUUGGAGCUUGUUUCGAAGUGGCGAUUGCAUUAAUUGUUAUGCCCAAUUUUGGAUGGAGAUGGCUUCUUAUAUUAUCGUCUAUUCCAUUAUUUAUAUUUGCUGUAAUAACACCGUGGCUACCAGAAUCUACAGUAUUUGAUAUGACAAUUGGAAGAAUAGAUCGUGCAAUUUCAACAUUAGAACGUGUAGCUAGAGAAAAUAAAAAAUCAUUGCCUGUAGGAAGAUUAGUUAUGGAUAGAUUUUAUCAAGGUCAUCAUGGCCGAUUUAAAGAUGUUCUGAGUAAAGAAAUGUACAGAACGUCUGCUUUACUUUGGCUUGUAUGGAUGAGUACAGCGUUCUGCUACUAUGGAGUGGUAUUAAUGACAACUGAACUUUUUCAUACAUCCUCAGAGCAAUGCAGCACAUGGAGUACGAACAAUGAAGGUACAUGCCAACUUGACUGCCGAUUGCGGCGUAGUGACUACAUCGAUCUACUUUGGACAACAUUGGCGGAAUUUCCUGGCAUAUUUUCUACUGUUUUCGCGAUCGAGAAAAUAGGCAGACGAAAGACAAUGGCUUGCCAGUUAGUCAUGUUCGCCAUAGUAGUUUGCUUCUUAAGCAGAACCUGUUUGUUGAGUAGAGCAGUGUUGACCAUUGCUAUUUUCCUAGCCAGAGGCUUAAUUGCCGGUGUGUUUCAAGCUGCAUACGUAUACACGCCAGAAGUAUAUCCUACACAUUUACGAAGCAUAGGUGUAAGUGCGUGUAGUGCUAUGGCACGAAUCGGUGCUAUGAUCACUCCAUACAUAGCGCAAGUAUUUUUACAAUGGUCCAUCACGGGAGCUAUGAUCACUUAUGCGACAACCGCUUUGUGUGCUGCAAUUGCUACGCUUGUACUUCCCCAAGAUCCAAAUGAAGACACCGAAUGGAAUGAUAUCCUUAGGAGGAAAGGUAUCAUACCUGAGAAGGAAAAGGAACAAGAAAUUACUGAGGAUCAGAUAGUAAAUCUAUUGGAAAAUACAAUAGAUGAGAAAACAGGACGUGAUUGUAACAAUUUAGAAAAGAAGACCUUGGAUGAGUUAGAUGAGCUAGAAGAUGAAGAGGAUGAACGAGUUCUGGAGGAAUAUCGACGAAAGAGAAUAGCAGAAAUGAAGGAGUUAGCUAACAAGUGUAAAUAUGGAGAGGUGCGAGAAAUAUCUGCAGAAGAUUAUGUUAAAGAAGUUAAUAAUGCUGGUGAAGAUGUUUGGGUUGUUUUAUAUCUUUACAAAUCUGGCAUUCCUCUCUGUACUCUAGUCAAUCAGCAUCUUGCCAGUUUAGCAAGAAAGUUCCCUGCCACUAAAUUUUUGAAAAGUAUCUCUACCACUUGCAUCCCAAACUGGCCCGACAGUAAUCUUCCUACAAUAUUCAUUUAUCAUGAAGGAAAUAUGGUGAAACAAAUUAUUGGGCCACUCGAAUUCCGUGGCAUGAAACUGUCCGAAGCAGAAUUAGAAUGGAUGUUGGGACAGACAGAAGCAAUAUCAACGAAAAUCAAAGAGGAUCCUCGUCCCAAGAUCAAUGAUGUUUUAUUUUCAAGUUUGAAAAAUGGAAAUGAUCUUGAUGAUGAUAACGAUUGGUAA